AUGGGCGGUCCUCCUAGCCCUGGCAAGGCAACUAGGAUAACCAGACCACCAAAAAGCGACGACACGUUCAACAAGACGGCCCCAGUCCUCCGCCCGUCGGUCACGCGCCUCUCCGGUAACGGGGGCUGCCUCUGCCGACGAGGGUCGAUCAAAUCUCUGAGCAACAGGAUACCAUAGAAACGGACUACGGACGCGCCACUGUGACUGUCUGCGUUUCCGAACCCUAAACUGCCGCUCGCUCGCAUCCGAUGCAGCAAAAGAGCAAUUGCUCGCGGCAAGCCGAAACGCACUCAUCGACAUAGUGGCGCUCCAGGAAACGAAAUCUCAAGACACCAGCUAGAAGACUUGGCCUAACGGUGAAAUUCUCAUCCGCGGACUCGCACGAAAUCGUCAACGCCCGUCUCGGCAUCCUCCGACUCAACCUAUGAAACCGAGGAAAACUCACCAUCAUCAACGUCUACUCGCCAACCUCAUCAGAAGCCGAAUCCAACAAGGCUAAAAGGGAAGAGAAGGAAAAAGAACUUGACGACUUCCACCGGAAGCUCGAGGGAACGAUCAAGCGGGAAAAGGCGUACUACAUCUUCGUCCUGGGUGACUUCAACGCGAAGAUGGGCAAGUACGCCACUCCCUCGUUUCGUCAAGGGAAGCAUGGACUCGGAACUCGGAACUCGGAACGACAACGGCGAACGCCUAGCCGAUCUUCUCGACACCAGAAGGCUCUACCACGGCAACUCUCUCUUCGAGAAGCCUGAUCAGAGACGCUGGACCUGGAAAUCGCCAAACGGAGACACCACCAACGAGAUCGACCACAUUAUGGCCAACUGGAAAUGGUCUCUCCUCGACGUUGCCGUACUACCCAGUUUCGACGUUGGAUCCGACCAUCGACUCGUUCGCGCCAAGGUCCGUCUGAACCAGAAGUUCCUGAAGAAAAACUACCACCAGCCAUCGAGAUUGAGAAGACCAACCUACGACAUCACCACGUUGGAGGAGAAGAUCUAGGAGUACGACUGGCAGCUUCUCGAAGACCCGACAGCCGACUACGUAUCCCCUUUGCAAUGGCCUCAUCAGAUGUGCAGAACCAGCAGCUCGACCGACCUCUUAUCUACCGCCGCGUCUCGACCAACGAGCGAAAGAUCUGCUGCGAAGAAGGGGAGAAGUCAAACGAGACCCGCAGGCCACGCAUUUCGAAGUUCUGACGAUCGACAAAGCCUGCAGAAUGGCCGUACAAGAGUCCCUCGCCAACCGACGCAGGAGCGCACUUCUUCAGACAGCUGAGAAACGUCAAAGCCUCAAAAAGAAGAAGUUCGAGCUCGUCGACAAGCGAACGGUGAUGACAGCACUGAAGGACGAACGGCCAGCUGAAGUCAUCAAGGAACGAGAUGGAGCGCCUGACGGUCGACUUCUACACGAAACUCUUCCGAAGCGACGUCCCCGUCCCCAGAACACCAACGCCGCCACCAGAAGAUGAACCCCCGAUCCUUCCCGAAGAAGUCAAGUACACCAUCAGGAAGCUGAAGGUUGGAACGGCUGCAGGACCCGACAACAAAUCGUCCGAACAGCUGAAGGCUGGAGGAGACUCUCUGCACCGACUACUCGCCCGGCACUUCUCCCAGUACCUGAGCGAAGCCUCUAUUCCGGAACAAUGGAAAACGUCCAAGACGAUCCUCAUUCCGAAGAAGGGCGACCUCACCGACCUGAACAACUUCAGACCGAUCUCCCUCUUAUCGGUCGUCUACAAGUUGUUCACCAAGGUCAUCGUCAACAGACUAGAGAAGCAACUCGACAACUCGACCACAUCCACGCCUUGA